UGUGUGUGUGGAUUAAACAUGAACGGGCCAAAACGGACAUGGCAGCAGGUCAAAAUCAAAUACAAGAACAUUCUGCAGAAUGCAGUGAAAAAGAAUACCCACAGACAAGGCACGGGUGGUGGGUCACCAAAGGCUGACCUUACCCCAGCAGAGGACAUGGCCUUGGAGCUAAAUAAAGGCAGGCCCGUCUUAGAGGGGAUCCCUGGGGGGAAAGAGACGAGCAUAGGUUCCUCCCAAGAUGCCACCCGCUUCAUUCAAGUGUCUGGCAGCACUGUGUUCCUGUUAGAGCCACCAGCACAAGCACCAGACGAUGCUGAUCCAGGUGAAGGCCCCAGUGCAGCAGCAACAGCACAUGAUGGAGACGAUGAUGAGGAGGAGACCAUCUCUCUGGAUUCCAGAAGGCAUGAGGACCCAGAUGCUAUACAGUGGGAAAACCAGCCUGGCAACAUAAGCUCACAAGCUAUCAGAAAGUUGUAUGGCAACCACCUCCGGCACCAAAUAGAACUGGCAGACAUAGACAUUCAGUACAAGAAGAAAAAGAUGGAAAAUCUUGCACUGGAGUCCGAAAUAAAAAAGAGGACAAUUAGGAAACUGGACCUUGAAAUAAAAAAACUUGAGAGGGAGGUGAGAUAUGCCUUCAAUGUACACUGUAUGCUAACUGUAACACAAAUGUAUUAAUCAUUAUUUUCUUUC